UGAACAAAGCAUGCUUGGUCAUAUUUUAUAUAUUUAUUAUAUAAACGGCUACUUGAAUAUGUUCCUCUUCACUUUCAGCAAAUAUGGAAGCAAUAAUCAGUGCUGACUCUCAAAACUGCUUCAUCUUUAUUCUCCUAUGCCUCGUCUCACUCCUCUGUUACUAUCUCUUCUUCAAGAAACCAAAGGAUGUCUUGAAUCUGCCUCCGAGCCCUCCUUCUCUUCCAAUCAUCGGUCAUCUUCACCUUCUCCUCUCUUCUCUAUCUCACAAGUCCUUCCAGAAACUCUCCUCCAAGUAUGGGCCUCUCCUCCAUCUCCAGGUCUUUAAUGUCCGUCUUAUCCUAGUCUCCUCGGCCUCAGUGGCCGAAGAGAUCUUCAGGUCUCAAGAUGUGAACGUAUCCUCUCGUGAUGUUUAUCCGGUCGAUGGGUCUAUCCUGUUUGGGUCUUCAGGCUUCUUCACCGCUCCUUGCGGAGAUUAUUGGAAGUUCAUGAAGAAGAUCAUCGCCACUAAGCUGGUACGACCACAGGCACUGGAGCAGUCACAAGGCAUUCGUGCUGAAGAGCUACAAAGGGUAUAUGGGAACAUCCUCGACAAGGCGAGGAAGCAUGAGAGCGUCGAGAUCGGUAAGGAAACAUUGAAGCUGAUGACCAAUACCUUGUGCAGGAUGAGCAUGGGAAGGACUUUAUCAGAGGAGAACGGUGAGGCAGAGAGAGUCAGGGGCUUGGCGAAGGAAUCGUUUGCCUUAGCAAAGAAGAUUUUCUUGGCAGCUAUAUUGCGGAGACCGCUUGAGAAGUUUCGUAUCCCACUCUUCAAGAAGGAGAUAAAGAGUGUUUCCGACAGAUUCAGUGAGCUGCUAGAGAAGAUCCUUGUGGAACACAAAGAAAAACUAUACGAUGAGCAGCAAGGUGCGGAUAUGCUGGACAUUAUGUUGGCAGCUUUUGAAGGGGAAAACGCAGAGUAUAAGCUCACUAGGGAUCAAGUCAAGUCUGUUUUCGUGGAGCUUUUAUUUGCAGCCACUGAUACCUCAGUGCAAGCAACACAGUGGACAAUGUCUGAGCUCAUCAACAACCCUCACAUCCUUAAGAAAUUGAGGGAAGAAAUCGAUUCCGUUGUUGGGGAGACAAGAUUGAUUCAAGAAACAGAUUUACCAAACCUCCCUUAUUUGCUCGCCGUGGUUAAAGAAGGCCUGAGAUAUCACCCGCCUGGGGCUAUCAUGAUAAGGAAGUUCCACAAAAAGUCUGAGAUCAGAGGGUUCAGCAUACCAGAUGAAGCCACGCUUAUUAUUAAUUCUUAUGCUUUGAUGAGAGAUCCUGAUUCUUGGGAAGAUCCUAAUGAGUUUAAACCGGAGAGGUUUCUAGGUUCUUCAAGAUCAGGAAAAGAAGACGAGAAAGAGCAAGCACUUAAAUACAUUCCUUUUGGUUUUGGAAGGAGAGGGUGUCCUGGAUCAAAUCUAGCUUACAUGUCUCUAGGAGCCCUAAUAGGAAUGAUGGUGCAGUGUUUUGACUGGGAAAUCAAAGGAGACAAGGUCAACAUGGACGAGACUUUUGAUGGAAUGAACCUAACCAUGGUUCAUCCGCUUAAGUGCACUCCAGUUCCUCGAAUCCAACCUUUUAUUUAGCUUCUCUGAUCUUCAGAAGUUUGCGUUUGUCUUUUGUGUUCAUCAUGUUGUCUUUAUAUUAUGUUUUUCAUAUUUGUAAGUCCGGGCCAUUUCGUUUCUUCAUUUGGAUGUCGAAAUCAGAUGUUGUUGAGUGGGAAAUUCUCGUGUGUAGUGUCUGCUGUUGUAUUGGUCUUUCAGUGGACGGUAUCGAGGUAAAGAUGGC